ACAGACGCGUUUGGGAUUCAACCGGUGUCUCCAUGUGUGAAAGCGAUGGAGGGCGGAUAACACAGUGAAGGGUCCUGUUGUACUGUAUUUGGAUUGGUUUUCAUCUUCAGUAUGAAUGUGUUCCUCAUGAGGUCAGGUGAGAUGUUCAGGUUUGCUGCCAUCUUGGGGAGAUUUGCAAGGCUUAACCGGAACAGGACCGCCGUCCAGAUUCACAAUUCCACAACGCCAUGUUUAGUGCGCACUGGGAGGACGUUACAAGUCGCGGCGUUUCACAGCGUUAGAUGUUUCUGCCGACAAGAAACCCGCACGUUGAGUUACGACGAGCGGACGGAGAGUCUAACCUUAAGCCUGCGAGGUCCUGACCCGGCAGCCUCGAAGAUGGAACAGAGACCCACGUUCUACCAGGAGCUCCAGGAGUGCGGGUCGCCUUCGGACGUGUUGGAUCUGGUGGAUCGGUGCGGCGUAGAGCACCGGUGCAUCAGCAACAGCUUGACCCGGAUGUGGCACACGACCAAGAAGAUGUCAGAGGAGCAACGGCGCUGGGAGCUCCGGCUCAUGGCAGAGCACCCGGCUUUCGAAAAGCUGUGCCACAGUGCCAGGACAAACGCGCCGCGCAUGCAUUGCCACAGCCUGGCGUUCACUCUGCUGGGUUUGGUCAAGCUCGGAGUCUCUCAGAGCAGCCUCGUGGUGCAGACUCUACUCCGUGUCAUCCAGGAACGCCUGAACGAGUUCGAAAACGAGAAGGCGCUCUCGGUCCUGGCUUCCUGCCUCUCGGAGAUGGACAGCAGCAAAAACGCCGAUGCGCUCAAACAGGGCUUAAAGCUUAUACUGGAGGAUCGGAUUCCUACCAUCCAGAGCGUGAUGCUUCUACACACCACCAUGCGCCUGUUUGGGAAAGACGCCUCGCCGGCCAUCAAGCAGAAGCUGGAGAAGCAGGCCCUCUCUAUGGCGGAUCGGUUCACGCUGCUCAACGUGCAGUACAUGCUGGACACGCUAGCCGUCAUCCGCCUGAACUCCAAACCGCUGCUGGACGUCUGCAGGAAGAAGCUAGCGGAGAACGUGCACAGCAUUUCCUUCACCAGGCUGAUGGCGAUUCUGAAGUCCUGCAGCGAUCUCCGCUACAGGAACCUGCAUCUCUUUACAUCCAUGUCCGAAUACCUGGCCAGCACACUCCCCAUGUGGAGCAACAAACAGGUGCUGCUGAUACUGUUGGAGUUUAAGAGACUUGGGUUUCGGCCCGUCGCUCUGAUGGACGCGUUUGCUGAGAGAAUCGUCCAGAAACCGGACAGCUUCACGCUCCGGGACCUGCAGGGUGUUCUGAAGUCCUACUCCUUCCUCAACCACCAUCUGAAGGAAAAUCAGCAGGCAUUUCUGGAGAGUGUGACGCACGGCUUGCAGUCCUACCUGCCCAAGAUGUCCAGCACAGACCUGCUGAAAGCCAUCAGCUGCCUUUGUGUGUUCGGACACUUCCCUCAGGCUCCCCUGGAGAAGCUGCUCCGAAAGGAAGUUCUGGAUGAGCUGCUAAAGGAAGAAAGUCCAUUUUCUGCGCAACAGGAACGACUGCUGCGGACGUUGGAUCUGUGUUUGCGCCUGGAUGAUCCCGCUCUCCCUCCCUCCGUCUCCUCCAUCCCGCACCUCCACCACUCCCCUCCGCAGCGUCGGCCCAUCGACCCCGUGCUUCUCGUCGCUCUGAAGAACCUGCUCGGGGAGGACACAGUGAUGGACUCCGUCGUGGAAGAGGGUCACUACUUCAUCGACUUUGUGGUCACACUGCCUCCGAACACAGACGAAGAGCAAAGCUCGAGGAUUGCGUUGCUCUGUGCCUCCCCAACCUCGUUCUGCUUUGGUACGACUCAUCCCGUCGGCGCCAUGGCGCUAACCGUCCGCCACCUCAAGCUCCUGGGUUAUGAACCGGUCCUGGUGCCGAUCCAGGAGCUCGUCUCUCAGAGCGCCGAGGAGAGGACUGACCUGCUGAAGAAGUUCAUUUUUCCCGAACAAGAAAAGUUCAAAAGUGUCCAGGACUGUGAAGUGAAAUAAUUAAACAUGUAGCGUCUUCUUUAA